AUGCCAUCAUAUGCGGGUGCCGACAGUCUCGAUUCACAUACAAAUUCGAGCUCUCUAGAGAGUGGCAUGGAAAUCUGGAUAGACGUUGGCUGGAAAGUAUAUUCGCCGAUAAUCUGUUGUCAUGAAUUAGGUGUGAUCAACAUGCGCUUGUCCACUUUCCGAUUCCUUCACCAGACCGCAAUUAUUCAAUUGAUCCGCCACUCGAAUCAGUCUCUCAGGAUAACUCUCCCGUUGGCAGAAAUAUGUAGAUGCGUGGGUGGCGUCAGCCACUACGAUCCUAUGGAAAGGGUUGCCCUUGCUUUGACGUCAACCUUGUUCAUCUAUGCAUAUACGGCGGUUUUCAUUUGGCCUUCUACUAGGAUACAGCAUGCCGCACACAAUAGCGAGGACUCCAUUCUGCUGGUAGAAGUUGUGUAUCCUUUGCUGAAAGAGGAUGAAGUCACAGAGAUUCAAAUAGGAAAUAUCUCUUGGCUCCGCUUCAUGUUCUCGAGGGACCACGCCGCAGCACGUUGGCAGUGUGCUUCUUCGGUCUCAACAGUUCCAACACCUGAGCAAUUGGCUACGAACAAUGCGUUUACACUGAUAGCCCAGAACAGCACACUAUUUGGCGUGACUGUCGUUAUUGUCUCAAUACGCUGCUAUACUCGGGGGGUCGUUCUCAAAUCAUUCGGAAAAGACGACUGGACUAUUCUUGUUUCACUGCUCUUAGCCACUGUAACGCUCAUUUGUUAUGCCGCACAAGUUCCUGUAGGGCUUGGAAGGCCCAUAUCUGUUAUCCGACUCGAUCAGGACGGAUAUAGAACCCUGCUGAAGUUUCGCAUGAUACACAUGACUUUCAUCACCGCUGGUGUGACGGUUGUGAAAAUUUCGGUCAGCUUCACACUUCUAAGACUGGCGGUGACGGAACGUCAUCGCUGGUUCUUGUACAGUCUCAUCCUGUUCUUGCUGGGUUUCCUUGUUCUAUGUGCUGGAACUAUUGGUUCUCCAAUGUCUUCCGGUGGCCGCGACACGGGACUUGAGACUCCGGCCGCCACCCAUCGGAUCAGGUACUGCCAUUUGUAUGAGUAUCACAACGCAGCCGUCACCAUCGCAACCGACUUUUUACUCGCGCUUCUUCCCAUACCCUUCAUCUGGAAGCUGUCACUCAACCUACGAACAAAGCUCUUUCUUGCCAUUGUUUUAUCACUAGGUCUUUUGGCUUCGUUUGCCGGUAUCAUGAAGGCUACCAAGAGUCUGACCAUCUUACUGGAUCCGAAUCGAUUUGCAUGA